UCUGCAGGUCGAUUUUGUUUUAAAAAAAAUCAAACCCGAGGAGAGUUCUGGCUGUACCCGCUGCGAGCCAGGGAGAUUUCCGCUGGAGUCCAUCAGCUGCUCUCAUGGUGCCUCGGUCCCGGCCAAUUGCCAGCUAAAGGCCCCAUCGGCUUGCAUCUUCCGGCAGAGAUGUGGAGGAAUUCCGCCGGCUCACAGGAUGCCAGUGGGCAGUGAGACCGGCGCUUGGUAACGCCCGAGGGGAGAGGGUGUCCUCACCUCCUCUCUCUCUCUCUCUCUCGCCCUUCCUGCGCCGUUUGCCUUCACUUUGGGAGGAAAGAGAGAGAGAGUGCGUGCGUGCGUGCAUGCGUGUGUGUGUGUGUGUGUGUGUCUUUCUGCCGUUUGGAGAUGGCGAGGAGCUGAGGGUCACGUGCAGCCACCGCGGAAAUGAUCGGGAAGAAGAAGAGUGGCUUCCAGAUCACCAGCGUCACCUCCGACUACGACGGCGGCAGCGGGGAAGGGCUGAAGGAGCCACUGAACGGCGAGGCAGAGGCCGGGAGGCCGGCCGCGAUCAACGGAGGGCUAGGCUUUGGCCCCUCCACCGAGACUGAGCCGCCGGGCAAGGACGAUCGGACUAAGCCGCCGCCAGCAAUGGCAGGGCAGCCAGCUGCCGGCGGAGAGGCCGGUGAGGUGCCGAAGGAUACGGGGCCGGCGGGGGCACUCCCCGGGACCAAGUCCCCCCCGCCGCCGUCCCCCAGCCCCUGCAGCUCUCGCUUCCGGGUGGUGAAGCUGGAUCAUGGGCUGGGUGAGCCGUACCGCCGGGGCCGCUGGACCUGCGUGGACCUGUACGACCGCGAGCUGGACGGCCACGGGCUGGCCAAGGUGCUGGAUGGUGGCCGUCACGUCAACUCCCUGGACUCGCACCCGGAUUUCGGCGCCCUGAUCGCCCACAGGGCAGUGAGCCAGCUCUGGCCCAGGCCGCACGCCCCCAAGAGCCAGGGCUCCCCCCUGGCUGAGGCUCCGAGGGCCCGAGCCACCGACACCCUGCACGUGCUCCUGCAGGCGGCCAAGACCCUGAGCCUGGACUCUCCGCCUGGGGCCAUCGUCGUCUCCUCCUCCUCACCCUCACCCCCCCAGCCCCACGGGGCUCCCGGCACAGGCGGCAACGCGAGCAUGACACCCCAGGAGAAGGGGGAUGUAGCAGCGAGGCCCCACCCUGCCAACCAGCCACAUGGAGCCAAGGCUGGCACCGCAGAGACGGCCUCACCUCCGCCUGAGCAGCCACCAUCGAAUGUGAAGCAGCCCUCCUCGGGAGACCAGGGGGGACUGAGAAAGGCAAGUGCGGGGGGCCGCAGUUUUCUGAGCCUCGAUCCAUGUCUGUCUUGCCGGCCCCCUCUGCCCAGGAUGGUAGCCCUUCCAGAAAGACCCGUGCCUCCGAGCCCAGUGCCGCCAGCUCUCUCCGCUUCGUCUCGCCCAUGCAGACGCUGGCCAAGUCCAUGCUGUCGGUUGGAACGCACCCGGACAGCGAUGAUGACAGGUGUUUGGAGUGGGGCUCGAACCUGUGACCUACUGAGCCCCGAGGCGAGAGUGCAUCCCGCUGAUCGGCAGCCCAUGGGGUGGUGUACAGGGGUUUAGCUGCUGCCCUGGGAGUGGGGAGUCCAGCACGUUUACGUUCAGCGUCUUCGCCUCAAGCCGCGCGUGUGGAUGUGCGAUACGUGGUUCUGCAGCUGAGCAGAACUCAGAGAACUCCACGGCGUGGUAGCAGGCCAUUCGGCCCAUCGAGGCUGCACCAACACUCUGAAGUGCAUCCCAUCCCCUACGCUAUCCCUGUAACCCUG